AGGCCAAAAGCACAUGCGCUUCCACGCUCCUCCUCUUCCGAGCACUUCAGCAACUCUCUCUCUCUCUCUCUCUCUCUCUCUCACUGUCAGAGAAACAAAGAGAAAUGGAGCUAGCGAAGCCUCUGUGUUUGAAAUCAUAGCUUAUCCUGUUUCAUUGAUCGAGGAUAGGCAUUCUGGUUGGCCCUUUUGGUAGUGAUACUUUAAAUGGCACAUUCUGUGAAUUUCAUCUCUAUAGGCUUCCUGACAACUGGCUUGAGUCCUCAAACCAGAGUUUCUCGCGGGAAACAUGGAAUUUUCACCUUGAGAUCCUCACCCGGGCUUCUUCGUAUCCGAGCUGUGCAAGAGAAUGGAGGGCCUCGAAGACUAGUUGACAUUAUCAGACUUGUGCCAGAGCUCUCAAGGAACUAUUUUCGAAGUCCUUCUCGGAGGGCUCUUUUCGGGGGAAUCUCUUUGUUGGGUGGCUUUUAUGUUGCACAAACAAUAUCUCUGUCGUUUGGAGCUUUAGGAGUAAAUGAUGUGAUUGCUGCUGUUGUAUGUGUUCUCCUAACAGAGUAUGCAACAAAAUUUUAUUACAGCCGGCCGAAGGUAACGUUCCCCCUUGCUCUUCUCAACAAUUUCAAGAUGGGUUUCACUUAUGGUCUCUUCAUUGAUGCUUUUAAGCUUGCCAGUUGACAAUGCAUCAUAAAGCAUUUGUCUUUGUUUUUACAAAUCAGAUUUGGUUCUUGUAAAUUUCUCCUCAGAUACAUGUUCAUAUUGAAUGUGUAGUAAGAUACAGUUUGCAUAUUCAAUUUUCUCCUAUUCUUGAUUUC